AUGACGUCGAUAGGCACAGGCUAUGACCUGAGCAACUCCAUCUUCUCCCCCGACGGCCGCAACUUCCAGGUCGAGUACGCCGUCAAGGCCGUCGAGAACGGCGGCACAUCCAUCGGCAUCCGCUGCAAGGAGGGUGUCGUCCUCGCCGUCGAAAAGAUCAUUGCCUCGAAGCUAUGGAAGCCCAACGCCAAUAAGCGCAUCGCCACGAUUGACAGACAUCUCGGUGUUGUCUACUCAGGCAUGAUCCCCGACGGCCGCCACUUUGUCGACCGCGCCCGCGAAGAAGCCCGAGGCUGGCGCGAGACCUUCAAGACUCCCAUCUCCACUGCCGACCUCGCAGCCCGCAUGGGCGGCUACCUUCAAGCCUAUACCCUCUACUCCUCCGUCCGCCCCUUCGGCAUUACCGCGAUUGUCGGCGGUUUCGACCCUUCUACCGAGACCCCCGUCGACGGCGAAGUCGGCUCUGGCCCCAAGGUCGGUGCCGGUGGCAAGGAUACCACCAAGAAGCACGGCGGUCCCUUCCUGUACAUGAUCGAACCUUCCGGCCUCUACUGGGGUUACUACGGCGCUGCUACCGGCAAGGGCCGCCAGGCCGCAAAGGCGGAGCUCGAGAAGCUCGACCUCGCCGAGGGCGGGCUCACGUUGAAGGAUGCCAUUAAGGAGGCUGCCCGCAUCAUCUACGUCGCCCACGACGACAACAAGGAUAAGGAGUUUGAGCUCGAGAUGAGCUGGAUCAGUGACAUUGACGGCCCCACAAAGGGCCGCCACGAGGAGGUGCCCAAGGAGCUGCGCGAGGAGGCGGAGCGGUUAGCUAAGAAGGCGCUCGAGGGCGAUGACGAUGAUGACGAGGACAAGAAGGAGGAUGACAAGAUGGAGGAGUAG